UCACUUUCUCGCUGUACCGUCCGUCCGUAGUGUCGGUUUCCGUCUCCGGCUAGCUCCGAUGAAGGACCGCCGCGGCGCCGGCUUCCCCUUCUCCAUCGGCUGCAUGUCGCAGUCCGCGGUGGCCGUCGCCGACCCGCUGGAGAAGAAGCAGCAGCCGCCGCAGGCCGACCCUCCCUCCUCCUCCCCCACCACCACCACGCAAGGUAGUCGGCGGUCUGUCUCCGAGAAUGGUGCCGGAGAAGCCGACGGCGGCAUCAGCGAGGAGAAGGAAAAAGCCGCGGCGGCGGCAUCGGGGAUCGUCACGGCCGGGGUGCAGCGGCUAGUCAAGGGGAUCAAGAGCCUGUCGCAGAUGUUCGCGGCGUACGACGGCGAGGAGGGGGAGGAAGAAGAGGAGGAGAGGGAGAUCGUGAUCGGCUACCCCACCGACGUGCAGCACAUCGGGCACAUAGGGUGGGACGGGCUGAACAAGGUCGGGGGCAUGGGCAUGGGCAUGGACAUGGUCAGCGCCUUCUCCUUGCCCUCCUCCCUCUCCCUCCACCACGUCGACAUCGCCAUGGACGCCGGCGCCGGCACCGCCACCACAUGCACCAACUGAACCCUCCCUCCAGAGCAUGCACUUUCAGCUCCUAGUCCUGUUAAGAAGCACAUCAUUUAGAUGAGUGAUUUCAACUUAGUUUGCUGAUGAUUGGUUACCUUGUCAUUUGCUAUUUUCUUCUUUUUACUGCAAAACUUUGGGUGAGAUGAGAAUCAUAUGCAUAGAUUUGUGUAUAUAUUAUGCAAGUGGAAUUGUGUAUAUAGAUCGUGGGAGUUCCUUCCAA